UACGCUUUUACUCUUAACACACCAUCAGUUACCAGAAUCCUCAACGAUAUCAAGAUGCGAUUCCAUCUUGUUGUUGCUGCCUUCUUCGCUUCUGUGACUUUGGCAGACCCCGCCGUCAAGCAGCUCAACCCCCUUGACCACCCAAAGCUUGUUGGUCGUCCCAAGGGAGACCCGUCCCAUUCCGGUGGAAGCUGUUGUUCUCAUGACCCUGGCGUUUGCCAGCCUUCUUGUUGCCCGAUUGGAUGUCCAAAGCUGUAGGAGAGAUAGGCACCUUGGAUCGUUUCAGGACCCGUCUGCCGGACUCCCAAUGAUGCGACUGUUGGCCCAGCUUGUAAUGUUAUCUAGAUGGGCCAAGGGGCGACUGGUACAUCUGCAUUUACUCGAUUGUCACAAGUUGUUUGCAAAGCAAAGGCUGUAACACAAACCUACCCAAGAGCAACUGAGUGUACAUGCGGAGAGAAGUCUACUACAUCCAACAUAUGACUUUUGUUAAAUAUAGACCCAAUCCUUCCCUGAUGAAGAAUUGAGUAAAGUAAAAACUUCGAGGACAAUGCCAC